UUAAAAAUCCUCCGCUUAGAAGACAAUAAAUUUACGUUUGCACCUUAUAUACUACAAUUUGCCUGUAUGGUUAAUUUGAGAGAAGUGUAUGCUAGCGAUCAAAAUAGCGCUCAUAAUCCUCUUUUGUAUGAAAAGGAACCGACUGAAAGCUAUAGCGUAAUUACGAGUGACGAUUCUGGUUGUCCGUAUAUGCAAACUGAGUUCUUGCGAAAUAUAAGCAAAAGCACUGAAAACUGUCCUUAUUUUGAAAAUAACCAUAUAAAUGUGUCCUACCCAUAUUUUCCAAAGAGCCUAAAGAAAGUGGAACUUGCUCGUAGUAAUAUGAAAUAUAAUAUUACAACAUUUCCAGUUUUGCCAAUGAAUAACACGGCUGAAUACUUGGAUUUUUCUGACAAUAUCAUUUAUGCAUGGACAGGGCCUAUAGGACCAUUUCCCAAACUGAAAUAUCUGUAUUUAUCUCGAAAUUAUUGUUCACAUAUUGGAGUUGGGUUUUUUAACAACUUUAAAGCUGUUGAAAUUCUCCAGCUGGACGAAAAUUUCCUAGGAUUAGUUCUUUCAAAUGAACACUAUGGUCCCGUGAUAUUUGAAGGGUUAGUGAAUGUCAAAAUUUUGAACUUAUCAUCAAAUAUCAUAUCGUACUUACCACCAACAGUAUUUACAAACAUGUCAAGUCUAGAAACAUUAGAUUUAAGUGUGAACAGCAUCGAAUUUUGGACUAUUGAUGUAAAUACAUUAAACAAUUUGGUACAUUUGAAUUUGAAAUCUAAUUCUUUUCACGCGCUCCCUACUGUACUCACAAACAAACUUAAAUCAAACGCUAAGAAGAUCGGUAAAAAGUUCUCAAUUGAUCUUAGGAACAAUUCAUUCACAACAAACUGUGACGAAAAAGUGUUUCUAGAAUGGAUGGUCAAACACAGAGAUAAUAUGCUCCACUUUAAAGAUUACAUAUUCCGCAACAAAACAGGCGCGCCACUUUCAGCUGAACUAUUUGUUGAAGCCGUUAAUAAACUUGAUACAGAAUGUCGCUCGUACACAGUUGUAAUUGUUUUCAGUUCAAUCAGCAUCUCAGUAUUUCUUUCAAUUGCUGUUGGAGGUAUCAUCUACAAGAACCGCUGGAAAUUAAGAUAUUUAAUGAGGAUUACUAAAAUCAGACAAUUAGGCUAUAACAGACUUAAUAAUGAUCUGAAUGAAGAUUUUACAUAUGAUGCGUUCAUAUCUUAUGCAAAUGAAAACCUACGUUUUAUACUGGACAAGAUUAUUCCGCGUCUGGAGGAACAGGAAAUGAAGUUGUGUUUACACGAUAGGGACUUCUUACCUGGAAACAAUAUUGCAGACAAUAUAAUUGAAGCUAUAAGAAACAGCAGAAAAACUGUUGUAAUUCUAUCAAAAGAAUUCUUGAAAAGCAAAUGGUGCUUAUAUGAGUUCAACAUGGCGAGGAUGGAAAGUAUUUAUUCUCGAGGGGGUGAAAAUUGUCUUGUAGUUGUUAUGUUUGAAGAUGUCCCAACCAGAAAUAUGACCACUGAAAUGUUGCAAUGGAUAAAGUCCAAUACGUAUAUAGAAUACACGACAGAACGAGAAGGGGAACUACUUUUUUGGGAUAACCUUAUUGAAGCGUUAAGGCAAUGAUUUCAUGUCACCCAGUACUAGAAGUUUCAAUUUCAAGAAAUUUAAUCUUCCGCGUUUAUUAUUUCACGUGAUCAUAAACAUUAUUUCUUUGUAAUUUGAGACCGAUGUCUUAACUACGACAACGCUCCAACCUAAAUUAAGGUCUUCAUUCUCACUGCUCAUUAUGUGCGAUUUCAUGAAACGUCAGUUGAACCAGUGACUUAAAUAUAGACGAUAAAUAAGUAUAUUGAUUAAGGUUCUGACAUACCUCCAAUUCAACUUUUCUAAAUAGCACUGGCGUAGAUCUUACUCCGAUGAACAAGGCUAUUUGUUUUUAAACUUACAUUUUAUCUCCGGAUUAUAUAUAUAUUUAGAGAAUGUCAUUUUAUACUUCUAAAUCCUAAAUCUUUUAUUUUGACUCUCUGCUAAAUAACUCUUCUGAAAUCAAUAAAAUCUAAAGUAUGUUUAA